GCGGUGGGCUUUUAAAGGCAGCCGGGCGGCGCGGGGGCUCCCAGGACCUGCGCGCCGCCUCACCUGCCGUCCCGCCUCGCCGCCGCCAUGCUCUCCGUCCGCGUCCCGCUCGCCACCAUCGUGGACCCCCAGCAGCAGCAGCAGCUCCAGCUCUCGCCCCUCAAGGGGCUCAGCCUGGCGGACAAGGAGAACACGCCCCCGAGUCUCAGCGGGACCCGCGUGCUGGCCAGCAAGACCGCCAGGAGGAUCUUCCAGGAACCCGCCGAGCCGCAGAAAACUAAGGUACUUGGCCCCAACGUGGAGGACGAGCCACUACUGCGAGAAAACCCUCGUCGCUUUGUCAUCUUCCCUAUUGAGUACCAUGAUAUUUGGCAGAUGUAUAAGAAAGCUGAGGCUUCCUUUUGGACCGCCGAAGAGGUGGAUCUCUCCAAGGACAUUCAGCACUGGGACUCCCUGAAGCCUGAGGAGAGAUACUUUAUAUCCCAUGUUCUGGCUUUCUUUGCCGCCAGUGAUGGCAUAGUCAAUGAAAACUUGGUGGAGCGCUUUAGCCAAGAAGUUCAGAUCACAGAAGCCCGCUGUUUCUAUGGCUUCCAAAUUGCCAUGGAAAACAUCCAUUCCGAGAUGUACAGUCUCCUCAUUGACACUUACAUUAAAGAUUCCAAAGAAAGGGAAUUUCUCUUCAACGCCAUCGAGACAAUGCCUUGUGUAAAGAAGAAGGCAGAUUGGGCCUUGCGUUGGAUUGGGGACAAAGAGGCCACCUAUGGAGAACGGGUUGUGGCCUUCGCUGCCGUGGAAGGAAUCUUCUUUUCUGGUUCUUUUGCGUCGAUAUUCUGGCUCAAGAAACGUGGCCUGAUGCCUGGCCUCACGUUUUCCAAUGAACUUAUCAGCAGAGAUGAGGGUUUACACUGUGACUUUGCCUGCCUGAUGUUCAAACACCUGGUCCAUAAACCUUCCGAGCAGAGAGUGAGGGAAAUAAUCAUCAAUGCCGUUCGGAUAGAGCAGGAGUUCCUCACGGAGGCGCUGCCUGUGAAGCUCAUUGGGAUGAAUUGCGCGUUGAUGAAGCAGUACAUCGAGUUCGUGGCAGACCGGCUUAUGCUGGAGCUGGGUUUUGGCAAGGUUUUCAGAGUAGAAAAUCCAUUUGACUUUAUGGAGAAUAUUUCACUGGAAGGGAAGACUAACUUCUUUGAGAAGAGAGUAGGCGAGUAUCAGAGGAUGGGAGUGAUGUCCAGUCCAACAGAGAAUUCUUUUACCUUGGAUGCUGACUUCUAAGUGAACGAAGAUGUGCUCUUAUUUUGCUGAUCCCCGCCCCCUUCUCAUAAAAAAAAAAAUCAGCCACUUGAAGUGGAUCAAACCAGCUACACCAUGAAUUAUCCAUAAUGUUCAUUGAUAGUGUUGUUAAAACUGUGUAGCUACCUCAUAGGCAAGCCUGUUGAUUAGUGAUGCUAGUUGUCUCACCUAGAAAGCAGCUUAGACAGAAGCUACUCGGAUUGGUAGGAAAGACCUUGGCCGUGUUUGGUGUUUGCAGGCAGGCCGCCAUCCGUGAGUUCACCGUGGCUCCUGGCGGCAGUCAGGGCCCAAAGUUCGGGGUCCUGGAGUGAGUCUGACCCCGCAGGAUGGGUCAGUUACUCCGAGGUCCUCGGGAGGCUUCAGCCUUGGUGCUUCAAAGCAGAUAUUAAAGUUUACUUACUGAUUUGUAUAUAAAACUGGCACUUUACACACAAAUAAACAGAGUUUGUACUGUUUGAAAUAAAGGCCUGAUUUCACCUGAUUUGGUUUCUAGCCCAAAAGCAAAGCCUUCUAUUGAGCGCGGAUGGGAGCCAGUCUGGAAUUUUCCCUGGGCGACCGAAGUUUGUCCAUCCUGUGCAGAACAAGCAUGUUAUUUCUGUUCUUUAUUUUCUAGAAUGAAUCAAUGGGCUCUUUGAUCAACUUCAGAGUCAGUCCUGUACACCCUAGGUAUUAGCCAGCUGGGGCCACAGAGAAGACGGGUUAGGGUUAGGUCGAGUGUCCUGGGAUGAGACUGAGGGAAAAGAGCUCCUGACUUCAGUCAUUCGAGCUUGAAGUGCGGCGCAGGCUGCCCGCUGGCCACCUGGGGCCGUGUGAGGGGCAGCAGCCUCUUAGUCCUCAAAUUGCAUCUUUCCCCAACCUCAAGCUCUUACAGAAGAUCCUUAGAUCCUUAGCAUGGAUCUGAGAUGGUCUCGUAAAUUGAUUUUCCCCCCAUCCUUGCACAAAAUGCCCCCCUGAGGAUCUUGGUGCAAUUAAGUGGCACAUCCAGGACUGAAGUAGGCGCCCCGAGAGGUUGAGGAUGUGUUUUGAUUUGGUUGAAUUUGUAAGUAGGUACUGUUGACCUAAGCCAUUUUCUAUUUACUGCAUGUUUUUUAAAUUGGAAUUUUUUUUUACAGUGUGUAUGUCCUUUUAUACCUGUGGCUCAUAGCUUGAAAUAAUUGCCCACUUAGUGUGGUUCGGUUGAAGCCUCAGUGUUCAGUGCUGUCACUUCCAGAAUUACUCUCAAUCUGAUCGUUUCCCCCUGACCUUCAGGUGAAAACUCGAGUCACGUGAGUGAUAGUAACACAUCCUCGUAAUUGUAGAUUGAGAGUGUAACAUAACAGACUUCACAGGGCGAGUUGGAAUCGACCUGACUUUGUUUCCCUCUGCCUUCUCCUCCCCGCGCCCCCGA